AAUUUUUUGCUGGAGCGUAUUUUAUUUUGCAUUCUGACUUAUCGAUUUUGCUCAACUGAAAAAAGAUUGCUGGUUACGCUGGAACUUUUGGAGGUGUUAGAUCCGAUGCGCACAAAAAUCCAUACCAUUUUGCCAUUGCUAGUACGGGAGUCAGAUGUCCACGAAAGGCUCAGCGUUUUAACGAAGUUUCUGGAGGCUGGCUACAAAGAUGUGCAUUAUCUGAACUAUGGUAUUGUCAGGUCUCUGUUGCUACAGCCUUUGUUUGAAAUUGAUGGUGGUAGCACAACAGAUUUAUCAAAAGCAGAUACCGAGCAGCUUUCUCGUGUUAUUGAUCGGCUCCUCGAUCAUAAUGUUCCCGAAGACAUUGCUCACAAACUUAUGGAUUCUGUUACUGCUAGGGAGAGCCAUUUGAACGGACGGUUGAAAAAACGGACCGCUAGCAAAAACCAGUCAGAACCAGUGAAUGAUGCGCUAUUUCUGGAUCUCCUCACCAAACACGUCUCAGCUAAAAACGUAGAUGAAGUCCAUGAACUUCUCCGGACAAAAGGCCUGCAAAAUAUUUCGAGGCAGAUAUUUGAAUCAGUUCUUCAACUGUAUUUGGAUACGGCUGAUUGGAAUACAUUAAUGGAACUAAUACAAUGGGUGUUAGCCUUUUGA